AUACUCUCCGGCUCCCACGGGCUCCAGAGCCGCUGGGCCUUGGGGGCAUCAGGAGCCUCCUCUCGCUGGAGGAGGGGGCCUAGGCGCCCAGACAACCCCGCCUCGUCUUCCCUCCCUGCUACGGGCCUUCGUCUGGUGGGACCGGCUGGGCCGCUCCCCCAACCCUGUCUUGGGGCCGAACGGCGAGUGGGUUCCCCGACUGGGGGAAGAGACGGGGACCUGGGAUGGCCUCUCGAUCGUUCCGUCAGGUUUGCCUUCCCGGAUUGGGCCUACAAGCCAGAGUCGUCCCCUGGCUCAAGGCAGAUCCAGCUGUGGCACUUUAUCCUGGAGCUGCUGCGGAAGGAGGAGUACCAGGGGGUCAUCGCCUGGCAGGGGGACUACGGGGAAUUCGUCAUCAAGGACCCCGACGAGGUGGCCCGGCUCUGGGGCGUCCGCAAGUGCAAGCCCCAGAUGAAUUACGACAAGCUGAGCAGGGCCCUGCGCUAUUAUUACAACAAACGAAUUCUGCACAAGACCAAGGGGAAACGGUUCACCUACAAGUUCAACUUCAACAAACUGGUGCUGGUUAAUUACCCUUUCAUCGAUGUGGGGCUGGCUGGCGGUGCAGUGCCCCAGAGUGCCCCUCCAGUGCCGUCGGGUGGCAGCCACUUUCGCUUCCCUCCCUCGACACCCUCCGAGGUGCUGUCUCCCACCGAGGACCCCCGCUCACCACCUGCCUGCUCUUCGUCCUCAUCUUCCCUCUUCUCUGCUGUGGUGGCCCGACGCCUGGGCCGAGGCUCGGUCAGUGACUGUAGUGAUGGCACUUCAGAGCUGGAGGAGCCACUGGGAGAGGACCCCCGGGCCCGACCGCCAGGCCCUCCAGAACUGGGUGCCUUUCGAGGACCCCCGCUGGCCCGCCUGCCCCACGAUCCUGGCGUCUUCCGUGUCUACCCCCGGCCGCGGGGUGGCCCUGAGCCCCUGAGCCCCUUCCCUGUGUCACCCCUUGCUGGGCCUGGAUCCCUGCUACCCCCUCAGCUCUCACCGGCUCUGCCCAUGACGCCCACCCAUCUGGCCUACACGCCCUCACCCACGCUGAGCCCAAUGUACCCCAGUGGCGGCGGGGCCCCCAGUGGCUCAGGGGGAGGCUCCCACUUCUCCUUCAGCCCUGAGGACAUGAAACGGUACCUACAGGCCCACACCCAAAGCGUCUACAACUACCACCUCAGUCCCCGCGCCUUCCUGCACUACCCUGGGCUGGUGGUGCCGCAGCCCCAGCGCCCUGACAAGUGCCCGCUGCCACCCAUGGCACCUGAGACCCCACCGGUCCCCUCCUCGUCCUCGUCCUCUUCUUCUUCCUCUUCUUCCCCAUUCAAGUUUAAGCUCCAGCCGCCCCCGCUGGGACGCCGGCAGCGGGCAGCUGGGGAGAAGGCUCCGGCGGGUGCUGACAAGAGCAGUGCCAUUGGCAGCGGUGGCAGCGCAGGCGGGCUGGCCGAGGGGGCAGGGGCACUGGUCCCACCACCGCCGCCUCAGAUCAAGGUGGAGCCUAUCUCAGAAGGCGAGUCAGAGGAGGUGGAGGUGACUGACAUCAGCGAUGAGGAUGAGGAAGAUGGGGAGGUGUUCAAGACGCCUCGUGCCCCUCCUGCGCCCCCCAAACCCGAGCCCGGCGAGGCACCUGGGGCCGCGCAGUGCAUGCCCCUCAAGCUUCGCUUUAAACGGCGCUGGAGUGAAGACUGUCGCUUGGAGGGGGGUGGGGGCCCUGCUGGGGGCCUGGAGGAUGAGGGUGAGGACAAAAAGGUGCGUGGGGAGGGGCCUGGGGAGGCCGGGGGACCCCUCACCCCGAGGCGGGUGAGCUCUGACCUCCAGCACGCCACAGCCCAGCUCUCUCUGGAGCAUCGAGAUUCCUGAGGGUUGUGGGCAGGGGACCCUGUUGCCCCACCCCCUGUGCUUCUUUUGCUGCCUUAAGUCCCCCGUGCCCUGGAGGUGAGGGCAGCUCUAGUCUCUUCCCUGCCUCCUCUUCCCUCCCCACGUUUUGUAUAAAACUUAACUUUUUUUUUUUUAAUGGUGAAGGGUGGGUGGGUGCCCAGGGCUGGGGGCUGUCCCUGUCUCUGUGGGUUUCUAAGCUCUGGGCAAAGUGGUGGUGGGGGGGCGGGAGGGGGUUGUGAAGGGGGCCACCUCCACUCUGGGGAAUUUAUAUUUGAACUGAGGCUUUGGCCUCGAAGCCCAGGAACUUUUUUAUUACAAUCGCUUAGGAAGUAAAGCCUUGUCUCCCUCCCUAUUCUCUGCCUCCUGUACCUCUCCCUGUCCACCUCCAGCCAUCCUCAGCCCCAAUCCAGCCUUCCCUGCCCCUCCAGGGGCCAUGAGUGCCUGGGUUUCUCACCCCACAGGGUUGCAACAGGGGAGGGAGGGACAUUUUAUGAUGAACCAAAAAUUCUGUGUUGAGGGGUGGGGGGUAGAGGAGGGUGAGGGGUGCCACCCAUAGGCCACAAAUCUCUACAAGUGCCUGCUAUCCCUCUCCUACUCCCCACCCCAGAACCGGUCCAACCCCUUUACCCCCAGCUGCUCCUAGGACCAGCCCGUAGGUAGGCAGGGGUGGGAAGGGGGUACCCUGAAUCCAAACUGGAAGACCCUCUGCCUCUUGGCUGGGGCCCCUGGGGUGGGGUCUGUGGUUAAGCCUUAUUCUGUACUGGGGACUGAGGGUGGGGGGCGGAGGGAAGUUGGGGGCUGCUGGAGAAUGUAUUCAAAACAAUAAAACUUUGGACCUU